GGAACAAAAAUGGCGGCGUGGGCCCCGGAUGUUGGUGGAUGGGGAGGGCUACAAGGAGUAGGACGCAGUCUAGGUCCGGAGUUGCUCCCUCUCCUUCGUGACUUGGGGGCGGGGCUGAGUGAAGUAGGAGCUUUCUGCAGAAUUUCUCUUCACAAGCGAUUCAGCGAAUCCCCAUUCUCUUCAGCCGCAGGCGCCAUUUUUUCUUCCCUUAGCAACAACCUUUCCCCCCUGCCAACUUUGCCUAGCAACAAUGUUUCCCCUCCCCCAACCUGGCUGUGCGCAGGCGUGUAUGACAGCCUCAAAAUAAUUUUCGAAUUCGAACUGCAUUUUAUGAGGACAAUGGAUCAGGUGGGCGCCGAAGAAUUGCUUGGCUGCCCUUCCUGAGGCUUCGCCUCCUCUUGGACAGGGGAAAGAGGCAACGGACAAGAAAACCACCAUUCUUCAGGGAUUUAAGAGCCUAACUUAUAGGAUGAAGCGAGAAUCUUACCGGGCCUUGAUUCACGUGCUGCUUACAGCCUGCUUAUGCACUACCACUGUCUACAUGGGGUUCUUCGAUGGUAUCUUCACUGAAGUUGGCUAUGAAUAUUAUGCAGAAGUUCCAGUUCAGUCCUUUCCCGCCUUUCUUGCCAUGCCUUUCAAUUCCAUCAUUAACUUGGGUUACUUGCUGUUGGGAUGGUACUGGCUGAUGAAAAAUAAGAAAUGUGUAGGAAAUGAUGAAAAUAUGAGACAGGUCCGUUAUCUGAAAGAUGUCUUUGCUGGCAUGGCCCUACUGUAUGGUCCUGUUCAAUGGGUACGCAUCUGGACCCAGACCCACCACUCUGCUGUUCUAGACCAGUGGUUUACCUUACCCAUUUUUGCUUGGCCAGUUGUAUGGUGCCACUACAUAAAAAAUGGUUGGCAGCCCUGGUCAUUCUUUUGUAUUGAAUGUACAUCCCUAGCCAGUUACUGCUUUACCCUGUUCCACCAUUUUGGAUUUGAGAUAGCCCUAGCAUGUCACAUUCUUGCCGCUGUGUGGAGUGCCAUACACUUGCAUCGCGAGCAUGGAGAUUCUGUCUCUGCCACAUACAUCGGCCUGGCUUUGAUGUUUUGCCUGGGCUUUGUUGUCCUUAAGAUAGGUGACCAUUGGCUUGCUCAGUGGUCAGUCUUUAAGAAAUUGACUGGACACUUCUGGUCUAAAAUUUGUGACAUCAUGCAGUUCCAUUUUGCAUUUUUGUUCUUCAUACAUUUCAGUCAUCCUCGGAAACUAAUUGGUGAAGAAAAGAACAUUUGAAUGGGCUAAAAACUUUUCUAUCCAAAGUGUUUUGAUGAAUGUAUACAUUUGAAAAACAGUAUUCCAGCCAAGUCUAUGCAUCCAUUCCACGUUUAAGCUUCAUUCAUUUUCUUGUUUUUCAUGGCCAUUAAAAUAAAAUGUGUUAAUUUAAAAAAAAA